AUGUCUGGCAUGGGGUACCUGUAUAGACGAGCUCGGGCAGAGGGCGACCUCGCCAAGCUGACCCACGGCUUCGACUGGACAGGAAAAAUAUGUGGUGUUGAUGAGGCUGUCCGAGACAAGCCGCUUCUCUUUUGGUGCACCCCCAACGGUGAGGAGGGCCUGACACUCCUGGAUGGCAUCUGUGUUGCCAGAUGUCCCAGCAGUCGAACCGAGCAGUUUUUUUGUCCUGGCCCAGCAGUUCCAUUCGAGGUGAAAGAGUUUCUGGAUCCCUAUCAUCGCAAGCAAGAGGUGGUGAUUGGGAUGAGGCGAAACUUGACUCAGAAGCCGAGCUAUCCCAGUGUGGAGGCCUUCGGCUAUUGUUUCCCAAAGGAGGAUCUGGUUUUGCUGCAGAGCGUCAUGGACCGCACAUAUGUUUCCAGUUUCACCCGGCAAGUUAUCUUGGCUGGUCAAGGAGCCGCAGAAAGCUGGCGGUUUCUGGUUUUAGUUGCCAUUGCCUGCAUAGUCAUCGGCUAUGCCUUUCUCUUCGUGAUUUGGCACUCCUUCGAGAAGCUCGUCUAUGGUCUGAUUGUUGCAGUGCACGUUGCUCUCCUGGCAGUUGCUGGGGUGUUCCUCUUCGUCAGCUUUCAGCCAGAGCACAACUUCUUCUUCACCUAUUUCUCUCCGCCGGUCGCCAGGAUGUGCGCUUGGGCCUGUGCGGCUCUGGCUGUCGUCUUCUGGAUGCUGUUCGCUUUUCUCUGCUGCCAGGGAAGGGAGUCAUUGGCCGUGACCAUCGACAGUGUGACCGCGACUUGUGAGGUCAUAGCUGAAAUCCCUUCCAUGCUGAUGCAGCCACUUCUGCACUCCGCAAUCGUUGUUCUGGCCCUCCUUGGGCUGGUCUACGGAUUCGCCUGGAUCCUGUCCACUGGCAAGGUGGUGCCAUUGGGUGAGCCCUUGGAACAGAGCGGCAUUCAGAUUGCUGGGGUCCAUCGCAACCUGGAGUUCACUGAUGGACAGUGGGCGUCCAUCGCGUACUGGCUCUUCGGCUUGGUCUGGAUUUUCGAGAUCAUGAAUGCACUCGGGCAGUUCGCGAUCUCGCACGCCGUGGUGAUCAACACAGUCCACCAGGAAGAAGAGUCCUAUCCUAUGCUGCACGGCUACGUCGUUGGCAUCACCUUUCAUCUUGGCAGCAUCGCAUUUGGUGCUUUCGUGAUCGGAUGCCUCAAGCUGGCAGCAGCUGCUAUGUCUUUCGUUCUCAACCAGGCCAGGGACGAGCAAGGUGUUCAGAGCACCGUGGCCCAAGUUCUGUGCUGCUGUUGCCUUUGCACGGUGGCCUGCAUCGAGCGUGUCUUAAGCAUGGUCAAUGACCUGAUCUACACGGACGUGGCGCUGCGUUCGUGCGGCUAUAUGCAGGCAGCCGACCAUGUGGUCAGCGUGGCUGCAUCCAAUCCACUGACCUAUGCGGCCAUCAAAGCAGCUGCGACGGAACGCCGCUUAUGUGGGUCCUGGGUGGGUGUGGGAAUUCCAGCCAUACUUGGAGGAUCAGGGGACUUAGUAGGUAAGGUUAUAAGUACCUUAAUUGGGGUUAUAAGUAUAGUUACCCUAAUUAUAACCCUAGUUACUAAGUCCCAUGAUCCUUUAAGUAGAAGCCCAGGCUGUGAGUCUUAUUCAACAUUCCCAGAGAGCCCAAUACCCAUUAAGAAGGCAAUAUACCUUAAAUUAAAAGAGGCUUCACAUGAUGAUUUAAGCUAUGUUCCUUAA